CGCACAGGUUUCUGGGAUAGUACUUCGGUAGCAGGUUUGACAAGCAAAAAAACACUGAACACCUAAGCUGUUUGUAUUCUUCUUGCACCCGUCUGUCGUUCCGCUUCUCUUAUGUGGAAGAUAGACUGGGCGCAUUGCUGUACAGUUGGUUCUCCGACCUCGGCAACAUUCUCUCUGCAAAAGGGCUUGAAAGAGACGUUCUGUCCUGAUCCUCCACAGAAAAUGUAACCCAUUUAACUUGUUUAAAGUUUUUUCUCACAUGACGCGGAAAGCUGUGGAGAAGAUUACGCUUCUGAAAAGCUCCCUCGGACGCAGCAGACAAUCGACGAGAAAGCGGCCUGGACGAAGAAUGAGAUUUUACGAGCGUCGGGGUGUGGUCUGCUCUUUUUCUCGCGUGUGAAGCUCCCGCUUUUCAAGGAAAAGCAAGCUGCUUUGUCUCCUUUUUCUGCUUCUUUUAUUUUGCCUCUGUGGCGGCCCUUUCCCCAUCAUUUUCCGUGCUGCUCUGCCGUCGUCCUCUGUCGCUUUCCGUCGUCCCGGGUUCACUUCCCCGCAAAAUCACUGUUUCCGCGGCGUGAUCAACGCCGUUGUUGAGGCAAAGCGACGGUUAUUGCCGAAGCCGGCUUUUCAGCGGUGCUCUCGCGAAACUCCGAGCAUUGCUGAAUUGCAGCUCGAACAUAAAGGCGAACUAUUUGGAUAUUGUUCCAGCAGUCUGAUUCCCGAAAACUUCGUUCAUGGACGUAGUCGAGGUCGUUCGCGCUUCCUGCGCACCUGGCUUUCCCCUCAAGAACGCAUCCGGGAGGUUCCGGGAAACAAAACAGUGUAGCUGAGACAGCUCAUUUUUUGGCAGAAGCGACAUGCCAAAGUGCCUUCGCUUCGUGAUCUUCGGCGCUUGGCCAACACUCGCUUGGCCGAGGGAAGGGGAAACGUUUGCGACUUUCUAUGCCCGCAGAGUCGCGGAGUCUUUUCCGCCUACAACGCGUAUGUAUGCAGAAGUGUAUAGAUACUCACAUGUCUGCACACCCCAUUUAUGGACUUUUUUCAAUUGUAGGCUGCACGCCUUACCGUUCUUGAGCCUGCUAACUAGUGUGGAUUCGUGGGGAAAAGACAGAUUUCAUGCCCGUUCCCGAAUUUCUUUUCCUCACCGGUUUCUCGUCGCGGCUGCCGCAUGCGCGCUGUUGAUCCUGUAGUUACAAAGCUGUAGAUCUUCGCUUGUCUUCCCUGUCUGGAUUUUGUCUUCAAUUUUUCUCUGGAACAGAAGGCUUUCAAGAAGUCUCCAGUACCAUACUCUCAGGCUUAUGCAGAUCCUUACACACCCGCAGUGACCCAGUGGUUCCCUUUCUGUGCAUGUGUGCCAGUGAAUCCCGAAACUCGGCUGCUGCUGCUCGGUAGUUUUCGCAGUCAGUGCCGCCUAAGAGGACGGAGAUGACCUCUGGAAACACGUCGAGAGGUACGUUCAACUUCGGGUACCACGCCCUGCCAUUGUUCACAGCUUUCCAGUCUUUGCAUGCGGCGAAUGCAAGGCACCUGGUUCCCACUCCGUGCCGCACGUUCAGCUGGCUUCUUUGCGUGUGACGCGUUGAACGAUUGCGCGGAAAGGCAAACGCUUUCACGAGGAUGCGCAUCGUCCACAGACGCCUAUUUGUCCCUCCCGGUACAGCAAGUGCCAGCUGAGACCGUCGGCAGAGAACAUUGUUAGCCCACGAGGCGACGCAGCACAAGUCCGUCUUUUCGGCCUUACACUGCGAUUACUGAUACCAAGUAGGAGUCGUUCCAUGGAGACAGAGAGCGCCCCUGUCCAGGUGUGUGUACGUCUUGAAGAAGGGUGUAGGUGAAACUGGAACUAUGCCUGGGAGAAAGGAAGACCUCAGAGAGGAGAGUCUCGGCAGGGACCGAGACGCGAGUCCAGAGGAGCUGGCGCAUGCAUCUAACCUGACCGACGUUGGCAAUAAUGGAAACGUGAGCACUUCUCCGCUGUCCUCCUCUUCACAAGAGGAGAAGGGGGAAGACGCUGACGAGCCCGCGCCACGGUCUCCGCGGGAGUCGUCCGUCGAUCUCUCAGUCAGCAACCCCAGGGACCGACCUCAGAUUCUGAUGGUCGAGCCUAAUGGCCGGACCACGGCCUCAGAUUCUCCUGCAGGCCCUAGGAGAGGCGCUUGUGUGGGAGGCGAAGAUGCGAGGUCCGCAGGGAUGGCGACGUCGUCAAGGAAGUCCCCAGCUUUGACUCCAGUCCCUAGAGAUCGCGCAUGCAGACGCAGCGGCUCGCUCGAGGACGCUCCUUCUGGAGGAGAUGGACGUCGACAGCAAGUGGAAAGGUGUGAAGCGCGAGAUAGCAUGAAAGGCGUCGCAGGAGACACCCGGGUGUCGAGUCCCGAAACCGACAAGGAGUCGAGGCGCGCCCCGGGCGCGUCAGUGAAUCCAUGUUUGUCUCCAAGUGGACAGGCCAAGUGUACAGACGCAGGGUCCAGAGGGAUCAACAGUUCAGACGCAAGAGCGGGACUCGUGAGAGCAUCGGCAGCUGCUGUCGUUAGUCGCGUAACCACAAAUGGGCCGCAGAGCAAUGGGUACACGAGCGUAUCCUACCUGGACGACUUUUACAUGCGCCAGAGGACGCGCGCCGAGUACGAGGCCCAGCGGAGGGAAGAGGCUCGACGCGAGAUGAUGACAUGGAGGGGGGCGCCGGCUACCAAGGAGUUUCAGUGGCUGCAGAGGCUGCGACAUGAACAGGACGAGUCCCCUGCGUCCGGGAGUCCAGGUUCCGCGGCCGGACCCUCCGCGGGGCCUGUCUACGGUCGCGCCUUAGUGGGGGCACUCAGAGCCUCGACCUGUGGCCAGGCUGACGUCUGGCAUCGAGGUGACUUGAGCAGCAAGUCGCCUGGCAAAGUGAUCAAACGCAGCGCAACCCUUCCGGAGGAAACGCGCCUUGUCAAACACCUCAUCAGUUUGUUCCAGGCUGGGUCGACUCGGCGACCGAGCUGGAGGUCCGGUGGAGCUCAGAGUGGUGAGGUCCGCUCCUCGGGGUCGCCUCGAGAAGGGACAGUCCCGGGGCCUCCAGUGAGACAGUGGGAGACGUUCCGCCCGACAUCGCCGCCAACGAGUGGAAGCAACGAGGGCGUCAGCUCGACCGCAGGGAAGCGAAGCGGAUACUUCUCCGUGAGAGCUCUGGGCCGGACGCUUUCCUUUCCUCGCCCCUCAGCUUCCUCGACUCGCGGUGCCCCUGUUCCAGGAGGUUCAUUUGGGUCCACGCAGCCAUGGGCCGACGCCCAGCGUGCAUCGAGUCGCUCCACUGACUGCCUUGGGGUCCCUGCGUACUUCUCCUCCGACGCCUCCUCACUGGUUCACGGGCCGUGGCCUGCUGGGGAGCAUGCGUCUCCUCGCCGCGUUUCGGUCCACUCUGAUCCGCGAUCGACGAGCUGGGCGGUCCCGACGCAUCAGCCGCCGGCGGGCAUCCCGAUGAGCAGUUCCUCAGGAACUCCGGCGAUGUCCCUUCCCGUCUUCGUGACGCCUCGGCCGACUGCGGCCUCAGGGCCUCCGCGCCUAAGUCGCGAAGAAGUCCUCGUCAUUCAAGAUGCGCUUCUCCGGUACCAGGCGGUCCGGCAACAGGGACAGCCGAUCCAGGGGGUGCCUCACAGAGGCGAGUACCGGCGAGUUCCCGCCGCCAGUUACUCGACCCUGUUUCGAGGCGCCCCGGGUGUGGGUGGGACUCCAGGGCCGAUCGUUCACUCGCCAAACGGGGCCGUGACUUUCAACCUGUCUCAGCAGAGACAGCGCGGUGUCGCAGACGCAGGAGGCGCGUGUCGGUUGCACCAGAACACCCGGGAAAGCAUCGCAGGAAACAAGGGAGACGUGGGCGUUUCAAAAAAACUCGAACGGAGUGGCGCAGAGGGGGCUGGAGUCGAGCCUUUUUUUGAGCGGGUGGAACCCCCGACGGCAAGUUCAGAGGCAAUCGCCGAAGACCCAGAGAAUUUGGGGGCGCGAGACGAAGAGGGAAACCGAGGAGACGACGCACAGAAGACAGAAAUCGAACGCGAAGAAGCGAGAGCGCUAUCGGCUGGACGAGGAACAGGGGCCCGUGAAGAAGAGGGUAAAACAUGCAGAGGCGACAGCCGACCGACGACGGGUGAAUCCGACGUCCGUGAAGAGACACAAUCUGCCGUGCUACAGCCUCGCAGAGAAGAACGUUCGAUAAACGCAGAUGGGGCAGCAGAAGUCUCUGCUGGGGCUUCCAUAAAAGACUCGGUCGCCGUUUCUCAGGACGAAUCAGCAAAAGAGAAAACUUGGUCCGAUACCGAGGCGGCGCCUGUCGGAGAGCCGGCUGCCACGGAUCAGUCGACCCUUGGAGAAGCCAUCGAGUAUGAGGCUUCUGGACCGGCAACGAGGAGGCGCGUCGACGCCCGCGCUCUCUCUGUGGCCAUCAGCACGGUCUCCUCUUUUGCUGGACAGCAGACAGCGGGAGGACAGGAGGAAGGCCCUCCGGGUGCGGUCACGAGCUGGCAGACCCACGAAGAGGCCAUUAUGUGUCUCGCCGACUGCUUUGCGGCAGCCGCUGUGGACCUCGAAGGCUCUGGGCAUGGGAGGUCGGGCGACCUUGCUCUAGCGAUGCCAGAGGACCCUAAACAGAGGCAAGAAUGCGAGGGGACGAGUCCACCCGAUGGAGCUGUGCAGUUUGGCAUCAGUGGGGUUUUGGAUGCGAGCGACAGCUCGCCCUCCGACGACGUACCGCAGGAGGACCUGAAACCGUAUGAACGAAUUAUGUUGAAAUUCCUGCAGUACAGAGAGUGGUGGGAAGCCCAGACGAAGAGCGGGGGCGACGGCGAGUCUCAGGCUGUCGACGAGCUUUUGUCUGUGUUCGACGCGAAUGGCGAGGAUGGGGUAAACGACGGAGAACGAAAACGCAGCCUCGAUGCCAACGAAGAGGCCCAGCAACUGCGGGAAAUUGACGCCAUCCUGGAGUCGAUUCCUGACCUACGGAGAGACAUUCAACUGUUUGGGACUCUGGAUUCGUUCGGGGCUUCCGAACUGGCCGCCGACGCAGGACUGUUCAACUUCAACUUUGCCGAGCAAGACGCGAUUCACCUCUUCUCUGAGGACGAGGGCGAAAAUGAAGACUCCGGGAAAGGCGGCGACGAGGCGCCGACGGACAGGCGUUUGCCAAAUGGUCCAAAAGAUCCACGAGAGCCACUCGCCGGAAGUCUGGAAGUUCCCUCGGACGUGCACUCCGGCCAGUCGGCGUUGCCUGGCGUCGGUGGCGCAGAGGAAACAGACGACGUGACAAGGGUCGCGUCUGAAACGCCCAUCAGCGCCUCAGCGCUACUCAGAGCCCAGUACCUCGUCGGGCCGCUUCGUGUGAGCCACUUGGCGGCAGGGACGGCAGCGGGGCAACGAAUUGGAGACUCGUCUUCAAGCCCAGAUGUAAAUCAUGAUAGAGAACAAGACAGACAGUGAGAGAUGACCGGGAAAGGAAGAAAACACAGGAGACGCCAAGGCGAAACAGAGAGUGUUGAGGACAGGGAGAAGGAGAGGGAUAAACAAGCAGCGAUCAACAGGGAGGAACAUGAGUAGUGACUGGGAAUGCGACCGUGAGGCGAGGGCGGCGACGCUGUCACUGAAGAAAAGGGGUGUUGUCGACACCGGAGAGCGACGAAUCGUGGAGAGGUCGUGAAGGCAGUGCAACUCCGGGGAGCAACGGAGAACGGACAGAAAAAAGCAUCCAGAAAGCAGCAGAUGCCAGCACAUGUGCUCGAGAUGCACAACUUUCAGUGGGAGGGCACCAACGUUGUUCCAGGUUACACAGAGCUCUCUUUACCCCGACAACUUGGUGCCUCGUCCACUGUCGAUCGAUUUUUGAGGAGCGCAUGAACCUAAACAUGAGUUGUGAUGAGCUUUUGGGUCCUUACUAGGGCAACCUGUGCGUCCGUAAACCGAUCCGUGUCUCGCCCUAACAGCUCUCUGACGCCUGGCGGGAACCUGACCAGUUUAAUUGCUGAGCGGAAA